AACAUUGCUAUUAAUCAUUAUCUUUUAGCAUUUUUGGGGACCAGUUGCAAAUUGGGGACUCCCCUUGGCUGCCAUAGCUGAUAUGAAGAAAGAUCCAGAGAAAAUUAGUGGGAAAAUGACUACUGCUCUAUUUUUCUAUUCCUGCCUGUUUAUGAGGUUUGCCAUCAAAGUACAGCCUAGAAAUUUACUGCUGUUUUCCUGUCAUUUUACCAAUGCAUCAGCUCAAGCCAUUCAGGGCAGUAGAUUUGUCAAUUUCUAUUAUAUAAUGUCUGAGGAGCAGAGAGAAGCAUAUGAGGCAGAUUACCUUGCUCACCAUGCUAAGGAAGCAGAGGAGCAUGCUCUUCUUGAAGAAUUGAAACAUGAGCAGGAAGUUCAUAAACAUGAAGAGGAGGUAUCAAAAGAUGCACCAGUACCUGGAGAUGUUCAGGCUGAAAUAAACAAGAUUCUGGCAGUGAAGAAGACUUAAUGAUUAUAGACUGAAUAGAAUUUAUUCAUAUCAAAAGUAUUUCAAUACAAAACCUGCUUGUAACUUUUAAUUGUAGAGUAUAAACUAAAUAAAACUAACUUUUUUUGAAGCUCAAGUUUAUUUGGUGUUAUUAUUAUUGAUCUUCUUUAUUGCAUAAAUGCAUAACAACUGAAAUUUUUUAUUCCAAGUGCAAUACAAAUUAUACGGAAAA